AUGGCCUUCCAAGUCCCCUUCCCCAAGCCGGGUCUUGCGGCCGUGACCUCAGAUCUCUGGCCGUCAAUGACACGGUUGUUUAAUGCGCCCCGGAAUAACGUCGAACACGCCUCCCGCUCCGGAUAUGCCGCCCCUCAGCCCUCCCAACGCGCGGUUGCGGAAGCAACCUCCACGGGAUCAAGUGGUGUGCAGCUGCCCGAGUUCCUGGCUACUGUGUCUUCCGAGGCGUUGAAGGCAAGCAUCUUGAACAAGACCACUCAAAGCGGAUGGUCUCGCUCCUUGCUCAAUGGGACCACAAUGUGGACUUCGCCGUCUCUUGCUACCCGUCAUCUUGCCUCUCCCUCUGCUCGUUCCUACUCCACGAUAUCCAUGUCCGUCAACCGUCUUCGCCACGCCCCCCAAGUACAAGUUCUCUCCCGGUUACAGCAACAGCGUUUUCUGUUUGGUGGUUCUUCUCACAAUCUGUUGGCGCAGAAGGAGAAGACUGCCAACAACAACCCUAGCAGCGCAAACGCUCAGAAUGCUUUCUACCAGGCCCUCCUCCGCGCAAACCACCCUGCCAUUGUCGUUGAACGGUACAAAAGCGGUCAUUUUGCCACGAAUGCGGCUACGGACGAACUCUACAUGAAAGCCCUGCAACGCGUUGGCGGCGUGGACUCUGCGGUAGCGGUCCCUGCUUCCGGCCAGGCCGUCAGCCCCGAGCGGCUGCAAGCCAUCGGCCAGGCCGUCGCAACCCAGUUUCACGGUGGACAAUUCGGUUCUUCUACCCACUACGGUUCAGCAGUCAAGCAGACUGGCACUGGAAACAAGGAAGAUCCUCUGCACGUGGUUGUGGAGGAGUCAACCGGAAGUGCGGUCUUCAGAUGGGUCAAGUUCCUGUUCUACUUCGCCUUCUUCGCUUAUCUGUCUCUGGUUAUGAUCACAAUCUUGGUUGAAACGACUGGUGCCCUGAAGAACAUCAGGGGCCCGCAGAACAGCGAGGCUCAGCCUCAGCAGCAGACUGUCCGUUUCAGUGAUGUGCAUGGUUGCGAUGAAGCCAAGGAAGAACUUCAAGAACUCGUCGAAUUCCUCACUAACCCCGAUCGCUUCUCCUCGCUUGGUGGCAAGCUGCCCAAGGGUGUUCUCCUGGUUGGUCCUCCUGGUACCGGAAAGACUUUGCUGGCUCGUGCUGUCGCAGGAGAGGCUGGUGUUCCUUUCUUCUACAUGUCUGGCUCUGAAUUCGAUGAGGUCUACGUGGGUGUCGGCGCCAAGCGCGUUCGUGAAUUGUUCACUCAAGCCCGCAGCAAGUCCCCCGCUAUCAUCUUCAUUGAUGAGUUGGAUGCCAUUGGUGCCAAGAGGAACGAGAGGGAUGCCGCCUACGUGAAGCAAACCCUGAAUCAACUGCUUACUGAACUCGAUGGCUUCUCCCAAAGCAGCGGAGUGAUCAUCAUCGCCGCAACCAACUACCCCCAACUUCUGGAUAAGGCUCUCACGCGUCCUGGUCGCUUUGAUCGCAAGGUGACUGUUGGUCUUCCCGACGUUCGUGGUCGUAUGGAUAUUCUCCGACACCACAUGAAGGAGGUUCAGGUCAGCAUGGAUGUUGAUGUCGGUGUCAUUGCUCGUGGUACCCCCGGUUUCUCUGGUGCCGAUUUGGAGAACCUUGUUAACCAAGCUGCCAUCUAUGCCAGCCGUAACAAGCAAACCAAGGUUGGCCCGAAGGACUUCGACUGGGCUAAGGACAAGAUCAUGAUGGGUGCUGAGGCUCGCAGCCGUAUCAUUCAGGACAAGGACAAAAUCCUCACUGCCUACCACGAGGCCGGUCACGCUCUCGUUGCUUACUUCUCUCCUUCCUCUACGCCUUUGUACAAGAUCACCAUUGUUCCUCGAGGCAUGGCCUUGGGUGUGACUCACUUCCUGCCUGAGAUGGAUAUGGUCUCGAGAAACUACACUGAAUACCUUUCGGAUAUCGACGUCUCCAUGGGCGGUAAGGCUGCCGAGGAGCUCGUUUUCGGCCCCGACAAGGUGACCAGUGGAAUCUCUGCGGACAUUCAACAAGCCACUGAAACCGCCUUUACCUUGGUCACCCGUUUCGGCUACUCCAAGAAGCUCGGAAACGUUGACCUGUCGAGCAACUAUGACAGCCUCUCAUCGGAAACGAAGCAGGAGAUUGAAUCCGAAGUCCGUCGUUUAGUCGAGGAGGGUCGUGCCCGCGCUAGCAACAUUCUGACUGAGAAGCGGGAGGAGCUGGAACUCUUGACCAAGGCUUUGAUUGAAUACGAGACACUGACAAAGGAGGAGAUGGAGAAGGUUCUGCGAGGCGAAAAGCUCGACAAGCUGCAAUCAGCUCCCGCGGCGCCGCUGAAAUUGCCCGAAGCCCUACAGACGGCCCGGCUACCACCUACAGUGACCAGCGGAAACUCCGUCCAGGAAUAA